GACUUUUAUUGUGAAAAUAGGAAACGCAGGAUACGAGUUGAGGAAACGGGUGCUUGCGUGCUAACAGCGCAUGUUAGCAAAAAAAUUGAACAACAUUAUUAUAGAAUUAUUUCCUAAAGCUGCAGGAGGUGAAUUGCACUAAUGGAGGUUUUUGAUUCUAUGGAGAAAGUAAACGACCCAAGCCUACCACUUUCAUCCCUUCGCCUCCUGGUGCCCCCGUUGCAGCUUCUGUCUGCUGCUAUGUGGCAACUGGCAAAGCAGAAGGAUGUGAUGAAUUAUGAAAAGCUCCAGGAGUUUGUGUUCAUGGUGACUGAGGCUAUGCCUGGACUGAUCAACCACAGACAGAGAGCCCAGCUCAUCCUGGGUUUAAGAGCGAGGUUGAUUCUGGAGCUUUGUAAAGGCUCAGCUCGAGGUUCUGUGGAUUCUCAGUUGAUCCAGAACUAUUUGGAUAGACUGCCAAUAACCUCUGCAAGCACAGAUUACAAGGAUGCAGAAGUGAAAACAACAGAGUCCACUUUCAUUGCACUCGUCCAGAGCCUGCUGAAAGAUCCAGUAGAAAGAGCAUAUUUUUUCCAGGAAGUGUUCCCAGUGGAAUAUGGGACACAGUAUGAUGCUGCUCUGCAUGUGUUAUUGUGGGAGCUGCUCUCAAAACUGGAAAAGUUGCUCCCAGUUCCAGACUUAAAACAGACUGCAGCCUGGCUCGGUUCAGCUCCUCCCGUGUUGGAGGAAUGUGUUCAGUCCUCGCCUGAAGAGCUGAGCGUAAUCUUCGAGCUCUACAAAAGUUCAGGACUGCUGAAAAUGCCAUAUGGCCCUUCAUCCACCAUUGGUAGCUGCAUCAUGUCUGCUUUAUCCAUUCCUCCCUCGCAGAGGACAAACAUUUCUGUCGGGCUGGAUUCAAUCCACAACUAUGCCAAUGUGCUGAACCCUGUCACUUUUGUUGGAACGGACCAAUACAGUAUCGUGGCCGUCUACACCGAAAUGGAAGUUGGAGCAUCUGAAGGAGAUGAAGAAAUGAUCGAGUCAGCUGAAGUGCAGGUUCAAACAGAUUUCUAUGAAGAAGAGAUAGAGGCUGUUAGUGGUGAUAAUGCUGGUGCUGAGGAGGCUGCCAGCUCGAGGGCAGAAGAAACCUGUGAAACUGUGGAUGUAGCUAAAGCUCUGGAGACUCUGACAAAAACUUUUGCAUUAAAGAAGGAGAGCAUUGAUCAGGAUGUACUGACAGGAAAGAAUAAUGAUUCAUCCCCUAAUGAUGAACUUGGGUCAGGAAAUGCACCAGAUGAAAGAAAAACACAUGAAGGACAUGAAACAAGUGACCAAGCUGAUAAGGAAAUAAUAAACAUUGUUGAAGAGGUGAUGGAGGAUGUCCAACCUGGAGACAUAGAGAGAAAUACGAACUUUUGUACAGACUUGAACCAUGAAUCUUUUUCUGUUCAUGAAGAAAUGGCAGACGUCUCUAAUGAAGAUCCAGUUUCUGAAACUCAACAGACUCCUUGUUCAGCUCAUGUGCGCCGAUCCACUCGUCUACAAACAAAGACCUCGCCCAGUCAGCAGGACACAUGUAAAAUCAAGAGGAGCAGAGCUGUCAUAUCAGCUGCCCCUUCUGUUAUAGCGAUCAAAGGAAUGGACAAAGGUGAUUCAGACGAGAUGACAUCUAUAAUCUUCACCUGCUCGCAGUGUCCCUUUCAUAACACUGAUGAAAACAGCCCGCCUCACUUCCAUAUGCAGAGUAUUCGCACUGAAGUAUACAGGAGUCUCUCAGGGGCCAAAUUUACACCAUCUCCAUCCAGCACAGAUGAAAUUUUUACAUCCAUUAAACUUUUCUCCAGAGGAAACCCAGAGCAGAAUAAAGCAGAACAGACUGAAGACAGUCAAAACAAAGUAAAUGUGUCCCAAAGCAGACAGAAGGCCCUCACGUGUGAAACAUGCGGUAAGACUUUCACCCGGACAUCAGACGUCAGGAGACACCAGCUCACUCACACUGGAGAGAGACCAUUUCACUGCUCGCAGUGUGACCGAACUUUCCAGCACUCGUGGGAUCUGGCCAAACACGAAAGUAAAUAUCACGGCGUGGCCAUUUCUUUCUCCUGCCAGCUGUGUAGGAGCUCAUUCGCUAACCUCCGCGCUCUGACAAUCCAUCAUAAGAAGUUUCACUCACAGGAGAGCGAACUUCCUCAGAUCUGCUCUAUCUGCAGCCAGAGUUUCUCCACUUCCUCUGACCUAAUCGAGCACAAGAAGUCUCAUGUCACCUGUAAACGCUACAUCUGCCACCAGUGCGGUGAAGGCUUCGACUCCCUGCUCGCGCGCUCCCAGCACCGGCAGGCACAUCAAGUGAAGCGCCAAUUUAAGUGCCCGCAUUGUGAGAAGACAUUUACUCGGCGAUCCGAUGUGAAGAGGCAUCUGUCUACUCACACUGGGGACAGACCUUACCAGUGUGACCAGUGCAGCAAAUGCUUCUCGCUCCGCUUUAUGCUCAUGAAACACCUCAGAGUUCACACAGGCGAGCGGCCUUUCCAGUGUUCCCACUGCCCCAAGAGGUUCACCCUGGUGUCUGUGCUGGCCAGACAUGAGAGGAUGCACACCGGGGAGAAACCUUUCCUGUGCUCACAGUGUGGGAAGGGCUUUUUGUCGCAGGGAGAGCUUUCAAAACACCACAGGUCACAUGUGGAUGACAAGCCCUACUCCUGCCCUCAGUGUGACAAGCGUUUCAAGAGCAAGAAAACUCAGCAGGAACAUAUCAUCUCCCACAGUGGCGCCCGCCCGUACCCCUGCAGCUACUGUGGGAAGGGCUUCACCAAACCAUACGCACUGACCAGACACAAUCUCAUUCACACAGGAGAGAGGCCGUUCCCCUGUGGACACUGUGAAAAGUCGUUCCUCACCCUCAGCGAGGCUCAGCUCCACCAGCGUAUUCACACGGGGGAGAGGCCGUAUCCUUGCAACGUCUGUGAGCUCAAGUUCAAGAGCUCGUCUGAGCUGGCGCGACACAAACGAAGCCAUUCAGGGCUGAAGCCUCUGAAGCCACACUGUGAGCAGUGCAUGAAGACAUUCACAUCUAAGGCCAAGCUGAAGAAACACAUGGAGGCACACAGGAAAGAGGGAGAAUCGGCACAAUCUGUGGACUCUACGCAGCCUGAGGAGGCAAACAGUUAAAUGAAUCAUGGAGACAAUCUCAGUGGCUAAAUUAGUGGGACCGUAAAAAAGAAUGUAAAUUGUUUAAGGAUCAAUUUAGAUAUUUAGUUUUAUCCAGUUUAACAUUUUCUGAUUAAGUGAGAAUCUAUUUUUAUGCAGAUCAGGAGAGAAACGUUUGUCCACAGCUUGCAUGUCUCAGUUAUACCGAAUUGUCUGGUACCAUUGUAUCGUACAACAAAUAACUGAAAGCUAUUUUUUAUUAUUAUUUUUAAAGUUGUACAUCAAAUCAUUUUGACAUCAGUGUUUUAUACAUGCAGCUUUGCUCUCAUUUCCUUCCACUUUGAGCUGUGCAACAAAGAAAUUAUGAUGUAUAAAUAUUCAAAAAUAGUUUGUUUGCAGUGGAGAUCACUGCUGAGCAAAAUUGUUCAUUAAAUACAUUUUC